UUUCUGAGAAAUGAAAACGCACACUUCCUCAUUUAAGAAAAAUUUCAGUAUUGUUACUGAAAGGCCUCAGUAUGAAUAUAUAAUUUGGCAGUUACUUAGGACUUCUUUUUUUGCUUUGCACUUGGUUGCUUACAGUGCGCCGUCUUUAAGGACUUAGAAGUAAUACGCCUUUUGAGUGGAAGUGAUUUUCCCCACUGAUCACAAUUCUUUCCCCGAUUCUGUCUGUCAAGCAAAUCUGUCCAUGACUUCAGAAGUUAUAACUUGCACUUAGAAUUGAUUAUCCAACACUCUCUCUAAUCAAGCAUUUUCUCCGUCAUCUGAGAAACAAGGAAAAUUUGAAGUAGUUUUGGAGCAAAAAUUACAUGACAACAUUCAGAUUACGUAAACUAGUAUCAGAACAAGUUUCAGUUUUAGUUGAAAAAUGAUCAGCUCUGGCAUGAAUUAACUUUUUCAGCGGUCCAUUGUCACAAAUUGGACUCAAAAAAUAGUCAGCUUGUUGUAUCUGAAAAUACUUUCAAGUCGUCAGCUUAUCUCAACGCUUACGCACAAAGCAAGCUUUUUGCUCGACAAUACUUCAAACAGAAAAUCACAGUAAGCGCCGCUUGGCAACCAGAAUGAAGGUUUUCAUAAUCAAAAUCUUCCUGCUACUUGCUUUGCAAACUGGAGUUCUUGUGUCAGCACAAGGAAAUGAAGACACGGCACCACAGAUUGUCCACACAGAAAAUCAAAAACAAGUCAAUGUUGAAACUGAUGAAGAAAUCAGAAACUCUCUAACGGAAGUUUUGAGUGAUGAACCUAUGAUUCAGGAACCAGUCGAUGCGAAAGGACCGCAAGAUGAACCACAAGGUUCCUCUAAGACUCUAUCACCAGCACCAACUUCUGAGCAAGAAGCACUAGAACAAAGUUCCAUACCAGCAUCAAAGUCUACGAAGACAGACGUAGGUGCUGUUCUAGUGGGCACAGCAUCUACUGGUAUUCGAGUUGAGAAUGACCAAGCAAAUGUUGAGAUUUCUUCUGAAGGCGAAACUGCACUUAGGCCGCCACCAAAGGAAACUGAAAUUCCUCCUGAAAAUGCUGAUAUUCAUAGGCAUCCAGAGAAACCCUCAGAACCAAUUCUUCAUCUUCCAGUGCAAGAUAAUAUAUAUAAAAUACAGGUGGAGGAGAAAUCUGAAUCAGGGGUUGACGAGAAAACAGCCGCUCCAACUCAAGAGAAACAGGACGGAGCGACUGCCGAAGAAAACAGCGAAAGUGAAAAAGACAUUACUGGAGGCGUCAAUGUACCUAAAAACAAAGAAGACGAAGUCAAAGCAAACGAAGCCAAUAAGGUACAAAGCUACGAAAACGAAAUAAUGAAGAAAGAAGGCGAAGAGAAAAAUGACAACAAAGACUUCGGUGACCUUUACGUAGAUUUCGACUACGAUGAUUGGCAUGAUUUUUUCAACGAACUCGAUCUACAAGGCGAUUACCACUAUGACUACUCCAAAGAUCAGGAAAAUCAUAAAGAUGGCGAUGAUUCGGAUGACGAGGACUAUGACUACUGGCUCGGAAUUGGGGGUUAUGACGAAGACUACAAAUAUUAUGACUAUGAUUAUGCAGGCAAUGAUUUUAAAUGGCGAUGGCUUAUCGAUAAUGAUUACGACUACGAGGAUGAAUCAGGAGAGAAUUGGAACUCCAAAACUGAUACUCCUAAAUUCCAGAGCAAAAAAGCGGGCGAUUCAGGAGCGUUCAUUGCACACUGGGCGUUGUUCUCUAUUCUACUUGUUGGGACUGGACUGUUCUGCUAUAUUGUGUUCAAGUACUAUUACGGAUACAGAAUCACUCACACUCCACUGAUUUUGACGGGAGUGAAUUCGGAUGAUGACAACAGCUACAGUGACAGACGCCCAAUUGUCUUCUUUGGAGAUGACGUGGGAAAACAUGCGUGAAUUAAAAGACUCAAUGAUCACAAGACUUAUUGAACAAAAGACUGUAAUGGAUGUUUCAAAAUUUUAACUAUUCUAUGAAGUAAUAACAAUCUAUGAACUAGACUUAAUUAAAAUGCUUAAUUUCUUACAGAAUUCUAAAUAGAGAAUUACA